CAGCCAAUCGCAGCAAGUUUUGCUUGCCGAUUAGGCAGUAUCAACAUGGCAGCUUUCUGAGUUUUGGAGGAGGGUACCUGGUGUAAAUAAACUAUUUUCACGUUUUACAGAUAACGACAGUGUUCGUGUGUUUGUGUUUAGGACUGGUUAGACCAUAGAGGGAAAAUGUCGAAUGACGGAAAUAAAAAACAGUUCUGGAAAAGAAACGCAGCGAAGGUUCCUGGCAGCAUUCAGCAUGUGUAUGGCGCACAACAUCCACCUUUCGACCCGCUCCUCCAUGCUAACCUGAUUAAAGCAGGCAACAGGCCUCCUCCGGCCACGCCAGGCAAGCCCAAGAAGGCUACCACCUUCCAGGAGUUUGAGAGCAUAACGAGUGAUGCCUGGGAUGUUGGGGACGACGACGACGAGUUGCUGGCCAUGGCUGCACAGAACCUUAAUAUCGAGGUUGUUAUGGAGACAGCCAAUAAGGUCAUCGAGAAUCACAGCAAGCAGCAGGAAAGACAGCGGCAGGAUGACACAACAGAGCUAGAACGGAGAGAAGAGGACACACAGGAGGAGGUGGCAGAGGACGAGGAGGAGGACGAAGAAGAAGAGGAGUACAGAGUGGGGGAAGGAGACGUGACCAGCCCAGAGGUCUCGUUUGCCUCCCAGAGCAGCCCUUACACUGAUGGCCGCCUUGUAAAGUCCCAAAGCGAAGCUCCAAUUGGGUCACCUAAAGAUGCAGCAGGUGAGCAUGCAGGCCUCCAUAGGCAACGGUCUCUGCCCCACCGGCCGCCCGUCAUCCCGCUCGUGGCUCGCAUGGCUGACCAGAACACAUCUGGCACCCCGGUCAUGACCGAGAGGGAGGCGUCCCGUCUGGAUAAGUUCAAACAGUUGUUGGCUGGACCAAACACAGAUCUGGAAAAGUAUAUUAAAGCAGUGCCAUUUAAUUUGCACGGAAAUCAAUUUCCCCCCUCCUCCCUUCACUCUUGGAAUGCAGAGGAGCUACGGAAACUCAGCUGGUCCGGAAUCCCACGACAGGUCCGACCGAUAACGUGGAAGCUCCUUUCGGGUUACCUACCAGCUAACGCAGAAAGACGAGAAAGCGUACUCCAGAGAAAGAGACAAGAAUAUUUUGGCUUCAUCCAGCAAUACUACGACUCCCGCAAUGACGAGCACCAUCAGGACACAUACAGACAGAUCCAAAUAGACAUUCCUAGGAUGAGUCCUGAGUCUUUGGUGCUGCAGCCAAAGGUGACAGAGAUUCACAUUGACAUACCGAGAACUAAUCCUCUUAUUCCUCUCUUUCAACAAGCUUCUGUCCAAGAGAUUUUUGAGCGGAUCCUUUUCAUCUGGGCCAUCCGCCAUCCAGCCAGCGGCUACGUGCAAGGCAUCAACGACCUGGUCACACCGUUCUUUGUCGUCUACGUGUUUGAGUACAUUGAGGAGGAAGUGGAAAACUUUGACGUGUCCAGUCUCCAGGAAGAGGCUCUGAGGAACAUUGAGGCUGACAGCUUCUGGUGCAUGAGCAAACUAUUGGACGGCAUCCAGGACAACUAUACAUUUGCCCAGCCAGGCAUCCAGAAGAAAGUCAAAGCCCUGGAGGAGCUGGUCAGCAGGAUUGAUGAAACUGUGCACCUGCACAUGCAGCAGUACGAGGUGGAGUACCUGCAGUUUGCCUUUCGCUGGAUGAACAACCUCCUGAUGAGAGAGCUGCCACUACGCUGCACGAUCAGACUGUGGGACACCUACCAGGCUGAACCAGAGGGCUUCUCCCAUUUCCACCUCUACGUCUGCGCCGCCUUCCUGGUGAGGUGGAGGAAAGAAAUUCUUGACGAGAGGGAUUUUCAGGGUCUGAUGAUCCUCCUGCAGAACCUUCCCACAAUGCACUGGGGCAACGAGGAAGUGAGCGUGCUGCUGGCUGAAGCCUACAGGUUGAAGUUUGCCUUUGCUGACGCACCCAACCACUACAAGAGAUGAUGAGCGUGUCUCUCUGCAGCAGCUCCUCUUCUCCUCCUGCUCUUCUUCCUCCUUCUUCUGAACUUCGUGGCUUCUAUUCCGUCAGGGAAGGACCUCCCUUUUUUCUUAACCUCCCUUCCCCAUAUUGUCCGAUGGGCCUUUCAGCUACUAAGAGAUUUGAAUCAACCAAUGACUGGGAGGACGUGCGGCGUAGCAUUUUAACAUGUUGAUGUGGAGCCUUUUUUUAAAUUAUUUUUCUCUGAUCAGCUCUGAAAUGUGCACUCCUUCAGUCCUGUGCAGAACCCUGUUCAUCACUGAAGACAACUUCUUGUCUUGUUUGGUCCACUCAAGGUGACGACUCAAAGUUGAACCCUAGGCCUGAUGCAGGACCGUGAGCUGUGUAUCAGCACCGCCGCUCAGAAAGAUGUUCUUUUCUGCAACAAAAAACAAACAAACAACAAAAUCCAAUACCAUGGCAAUACAUUGUUUUUGUUACUCGAGGCCAAAAUGUGACACUUUUUCUUUCAGUUUGCAAAGACAAAGAAAGAUGGCAGAUGGUUUAUAUAUCUGAGCCACAACUCAACCUGGAGGAAAACAACCUCUCCUGUUUCUUUUUGUUUCUUUCUCCUGCUGCGUGACAAGAGGGACACGGUGUUUUUCCUUCAUGACAAACUAACACACUAGGACUUUACGGAGAGAGAGAGAGAGAUCGUCAGUGUGUGAGGGCAAACAUGCCCCCCGCCCCGCGCGUUGCAACAUCACAGUGUGUGAGUGUAAGACAAGUGGUGAGACGCUGCAGAGUCACAUGUUGAUCCACAUCACAGAAGAUAAUAAGCCAUUUGGAGGAAAAAAGCUACUUAUUCCCACUCAACCUGCUUAAAUCAUCUAUUCACUAACCCUCCUCUCUGAACCCAGGACUACCUCAGAACACACGUAGUGACGACUAGAAAUCCACAUGCAUACAUCUGCACAUAUGUCGCUAAAUUGAGAAAGAUGCACACGUCAGUUAGUCAAAAUUGCAAAAUUGAAUCAUCAAUUGAAGCUAAGUUUGAAUUUCACAGAAAACAAAGUGCUUCUUCAGAGGUUUGUUUUUGAAGUAAAGAUCCAAAUGAACAAUUUUGCCUUAUUAAGAUAUAAAUACUGUCUUUGUUUACUCUCCCGUCCUCUCUUCUGUCUUUAGACCCUUUUUCUAUAAGUGCACAUGCAACGUUCCAACCUGUCGGUUUCAUGUAGGUGUUGGAGUCUGCAGGAGUCACUCCAUGGAUAGUUUGUUGAACAGCACAAGUGGACAGUGUGAAGUUAUGUGCAUCAGUUACUGAUUUAGUUCUAAUAAAGCAAAACACUUUGAUUACACACUCUCCAAAAAAGUAGUUCCACCUCAAAAAUACAACUUUAAUUCCAGUUUUGGAGCAGCAGUAAGGCCGUCUGCACUGAGCUCAACAUAAUUGAGUGAUACUUAAUUAAUGUGUCACCUGCGAGGCCUUCCCUGUCGCUUCGUUUUAAUGCCUAUAAACGUAGGAAAGCAGUUUAUUUCUCUCUUGCACAUUUAAAAAAACAGUGACACAUGUUUGAUCCAUAUUGGUUCUGCUAAUUGAAUCAUGUGUAACCAGCACCAAUCCUAUAUUCUCCAUGUUGUCCUAAAGAAACAACAGGUAAUCGGGGUGUAGCUGAGUGCGCCGUCGCCUUCUUUGUCCCCACCCGGUCUUGCAAAAUUAAAAAUGCAUUUUUAAUUUCACAAAUACCCCUUUGCUGUAAAUACAAACACAACGGAAGUAGAGCAAAAUCAUGGCUUCAAAUGUCAAGGACAGAAACGUGACAGGCUUAACAGAUGACCAUUAAUAAACUCACCCUUUAAUGUAAAAGACAUUUACAUACAGCACAUAACCGUUGCAAUACCUUUGUGUUUCUCCUGUCUUUGUUGCUCUGUUCAUAUAGAGCAACAUGGGAAGUCUUACCCAAAGUCACUAGCACCAUAUUGGUGUAAUGUUUUGAGGUGGGGGAUGGGGGGGGUAAUCAGACAUUCAUGACAUAACACAGAGCUGUUAACGUCUGAAGCCUCCUGUCGCGACUCCGCCAGGAUCCAUUAUUGUCACCCCCACCUGCAAACGACGGUGUGCGUAGGUGUGUGAAGGAGAAAGGGAUGGGGUCGUGUUUCUUUUGGAAGUUUCAGUGCGUUUUCCUGUGAGAGCUGUCAGUCUUUGAUCACACUUGGGGAUCUUUUUUACACAAUCUGCACCAGUUUCACAAGCCCCUCGUCUCCCAUGCUCUGUGACAAAGGAAAAUCUGCACUUCAUUUAAAAAAAGUCUACAGCCUUUUUUUUUUUUCUUCUCUCUCUCCCUUUUUUGUAUGAGAUUUAUUCUUUCAACCAGCGUUUUAAAGAUUUUUCAUUUUUGUUUUAAUUUUUUUAUGCUGUUUUCAUGACGAGCCUAUUAAGUUGUGCCUGACUCUGGAGACAUUAGACGACAUCUUAGUCACCACAAAACUCUGACAGGUUUUUAGAAGCAAUAGAAUGACUUUGUGCAUUUGCUGGGGUGUGUGUUAGCCACCAACAUGAGCUGUUUAAUAAUACUCUGGGCAUUUUAAAAGGUCAAGUGAUUGAACAGUGAUUGUAACUAAAAAGGCCUUUCAAGCUUUUGUUCUCCAUGUUUGCUGUAGUAAGUUUUUUUUUUUUUUUUGCCUUUCCAAAACCAAAUACACAAGAAGUAGAAGUGUAAGGAAUUCUAGCCGACUAUCUGCAGCAGUAACAGAGUUACUCUCACAUCACUAGCUAACUACAUUAGUUUGUGCGAUUAAAGGUUAUGUAUAUUUAUGCCUAAGGCAACAAAUAAUGUUGGAUGUUGACAGCUACUACCCUCUGUGAAUGUGUGUGUGAGUCAUCGCCCCCCCCACACACGUCUUUAAAUCGUAAGAGUUUAUAUAUUUUUUCUGUAAUGUCAUAUGCAGUAAUUCCCCCUUUAUCAAGAAGUAGCUGCCGACUUGAGGUGGUUUAAUAAACAAUCACACAUUCACAUGA